CAGCACACUUUCAGCAGCUCUGGCCACACUCGCCCGCCUCCUCGCAAUCACCUUCUUGCAUAAUUUUCGGAACCACUCACUUCGCUUUCAAAGUUCGCUGAUUUAGGUCGGGUCUUCAAAAGUGGAAAAGCGCCUCGUCAUGCAGUGUCCCUUUCUGAACCGCUUCACCGCCAGCUUCAUCCGCAACUACGCGGAGACUCUGUGCCAAUCCUACGGGAGCCACUGUCCCGUGGUUGGGAAGACCUUGAGCUCGGGCGAAAAGAAACUUUCACUCGUCGCCGCAAGUGUUACAAGGUCUUACUCGACGGGUGCGAACGCCCAGGCCAAUGUCACUGCUGCUGGCAAUGCUGGUGCCUCCGCACCCGCAACCGCCACCGCCGAUCCUGGUAAGGCAUCCGCCAAGGAGACCUUUCCCUACGAGCGCUUCUUUAACGAGCAAAUCAUGAAGAAGAAGCGGGACCACUCCUACAGGGUCUUCAAGAAGGUGAACCGCCUGGCGGGCGACGGCCUCUUCCCCCACGCCCUCGAGUACUCGGAGCGGAGGGAGAAGCCCAUCACGGUGUGGUGCUCCAAUGACUACCUGGGCAUGUCCGCCCACCCCGGCGUGAAGAGAGCCGUCCAGGACGCGCUCAACAGGCACGGAUCGGGGGCUGGCGGCACCAGGAACAUCUCGGGCAACUCUCUCCACCAUGAGCGCCUCGAGAGUAAGCUGGCUGAGCUGCACCAGAAGGAGGCUGCGCUGCUCUUCACCUCGUGCUUCGUGGCCAACGAUUCCACUCUCUACACGCUCGCCAAGCUUUUGCCUGGAUGCGAGAUCUUCUCGGACGCAGGCAACCACGCUUCCAUGAUUAUGGGAAUCCGCAACAGCGGGGUUCCCAAGCACAUCUUCCGGCACAACGACGUGGACCACUUGCAUCAGCUGCUGAAACAGACGGACAAAAGCGUGCCCAAGAUCGUCGCAUUUGAGACGGUACAUUCCAUGACGGGGGCCAUCUGCCCGCUCGAGGAGCUGCUUGACGUGGCCCACGAGCACGGGGCCAUCACGUUCAUCGACGAGGUGCACGCCGUGGGAUUGUACGGCGACCAUGGGGCCGGUGUCGGUGAACGGGAUGGAGUGCUGCACAAAAUGGACAUCAUAUCGGGCACCCUGGGCAAGGCAUUCGGUAACAUUGGGGGUUACAUAGCUGGCACCCAUAACCUGGUCGACAUGAUCCGGUCUUAUGCGGCUGGCUUCAUCUUCACCACUUCACUGCCGCCCACUGUUUUGUGCGGCGCCCUGGAGUCCGUCAACAUCCUGGCAUCGGAGGAGGGUCGCCAGCUGCGCCUUUUGCACCAGCGGAACGUCUCCUACCUGAAGAGUUUGCUAAAACGAGAAGGUUUUCCCGUCGAAGAAACCCCCAGCCACAUCAUUCCCAUUAAAAUCGGAGACCCUCUGAAGAGCAGUCAAAUCUCAAACGUGCUGAUCGAACAAUUCGGACACUACCUGCAGUCGAUUAACUACCCAACUGUCGCCCGGGGCCAGGAGAAACUACGGCUGGCUCCCACUCCGUUCCACACUUUCGAAAUGAUGAACGCCCUGGUUACCGAUCUGAAGAAAGUGUGGGAAAUGGUGGACCUGUCUACGAACGUCCCGCUUUCGCCCAACGCAUGCAUGUUCUGCAACUCGGAGAGCUGCUGGCACCAGGACAAGUCCCCCGACCUGGAAUGUGGGAUUCCCAACUGCCCUCGCCUGGAGAUCUCGGUUGCAGCCUAGUUUCCUCUUUGAAACAUAGCCAAAAAUGAAGCAUUCGAAAUAUUAAGCUAUGCCUAAAAUUAUCCGUGCGGUUUUGGACAAAUAAACUAUGGUUUUGGUGCAAUA